AUGACUUCUCAGAGUCAAGUCAUUACAAUUGGCGUCAUAUUCUUGCUUCUACCGACUGCAUUUGUUGUGUUGAGGAUAUGGGCAAAGACAAUGAGCCGUGGAGGGCUUGCGUGGGAUGAUUUCAUGAUAUUCGGCGCCUUGCUUGGACAGCAUCAAAGUCAUUCACCAGAAGGAAUGCCACUACUUAAUGACCCGCGCUUCCUGCUCUACGAAAAGUGCAAAUUCGCGCUCAACAUGCUCACAUAUGUUGGAUACGGCUUCUCGAAGGCUUCGAUACUGAUCCUGUACUUACGCAUAUUUGAUGUGAAGGCCUUUCGUAUCUGGCCCCAAAUUCUACUUGGCGUGGUAGGUGCCUGGACGGUGGCUUUCUUUCUUGCAAGUCUCUUCCAGUGCUAUCCGAUUUCCGCCUUGAUCGAGCCCUUCUACCACAGAAAAUGUAUCAAUGGACUUCCCCUGUGGUACACGGGCGGCGUCACCGACAUUGUCAUCGAUUUUGGGAUAUUGGCCAUGCCAGUGCCAAUGGUCCUGAGGCUGAAACUCCCUGGAAGCAGAAGCUGGGUGUGA